UUUCCCCUGCCUUUUCGCCGGAAUCUUGCCGCCGUCCCGGUUUCCGGCGAUAUCCCCGCUUCCUCCCACGCGAAUACUGUUUUUGCAGUCGAUUUGAAGCCGGAAAUAGCAUAAAGAUUCAAUCUUUUUGGUCACAUCCAGAUAAAGAAGAGGUUUCUGCAUCUGGGUGUUCUUGAAUUGCUGCAAAGCGCAUGUGCAUGUUGAAAGACUCGAGUUUUCGGCGGGUUUAAGGUUGGGUUGCUGAUUCGAGACAGUGAAGAAGGGAGGAGGAAAGAAUGAGGAAUCUUUCUUCAGAUUCGUCAGGUUCUUCAAGGGAUUUGUUGCAGAGGUUCAUGGUAGCCAGUGUAGGUGACGCGUUGGAGGCGGCAAAAGACGGUACCGAAAUCGAAUUGAAUUUGGGCCUUUCUUUGGGAGGCAGAUUUGGGGUGGACAGAAGUUCCAAGAGUCUGGGCAGGUCCUCUUCCGUCGCUUCCUUUUUGCCCAGCGUGAGAGACGACCCGCCGCCAGAGGCGGCGGCGGCGGCGGAGACGGCGGGGAAUAGAAUAGCCAGAACGUCAUCCCUGCCGGUGGAGACGGAGGAGGAGUGGAGGAAGAGGAAGGAGUUGCAGAGCCUGAGGAGAAUGCAGGCGAAGAGAAGGAUGUCGGAGAAGCAGAGAAUUUCAAGGGGGGAGAGAGGCAUCUCUGCCGCCAUGGAAGAUGAGAAGAAUUUUGAGAAAGAGCUGUGUUCAGCCGCGCCGAAGCUGUUCGGGUUGUCCUUGGGGUUUCCGGCUUGGGAGGCGGCGGCGGGGCAGAAGGGGAAAGGAGGCGAUUUUAGUAAAGCCUUGAAACCUUCACCCCAAGGAUCAAUUGAAUCUCAGGGAGGUAGUUCUUCAUCCAUGUCUGAAUUUGAAAGUAAAUCUCUUCAAGGUAUUUGUUUAAUUAUAUUACCCUCUAUUCUUACUGUUUUUUGGAAACAUGUUAUUAAGUUCUAACAGUUUUUUUAUGAGAUUAUUAAAUGUGCAAUACCAUAGUUCUUUAAAUGCAACUCACAUAAUCCAUUUUUAGCAACAACCACAUAAGACUUCACUUGAUUUAUUUGUGAAAUGGAUGAAACUUUGCUAUUUUGUAGUAAAAUAAUGAUUUUUCACCUUUAACUUAAUUUGAAAGGAUUGAUAAUUCUUGAUUUGUUAUUCAUAAACUAGAACCAAGUGCUUUUUAACUUUGAGUAGAAACAACCUUAUAGGGGUAGUGGGAAAUCUUUCAAGGUUGGCAUCAUAUUGUUUGUUAGAGAAUGAGGUCAAUUUAUAGUAGUUAGGUUAAAUAAUAGGUUUUAGAUAAGCGGGAAAAGGACCAAACUAGGAGUAAAACAUAUAUCAUAUCCCUAAAAUAAGAGUUGAAACUUAAACUCCCCUAAAUAGGAGUAAUUAGUUUAAUUAAUCUAAUUAAUCAGCUUGUCCAACAAUUAAAAAAAGAAACACAAAGUAGGGAAAAAUCAGCAGAGAAGCUUGCGAUCCUUUUGUUGAAUGAAACCAAAACAUUGUGGACAACACUUCAGUAAUGGUUCUAGAUUUGUAACUUCUCAUAAUAGACAUAACAGUAGCAUAUACACUUUCUUCUUCUUCUAUUUUUUUAAAAAUAUUUUUAGGUAUAAAUAUAUUUUUACAUAGACACACACUUAAUAAAUUUAAUUUGUUAGA